GAAAGCCAAACCGAAAAGAAAAACGGGAAAGAAAAAAGGCAACGUAAGACAAAGAUACUGUUUAAUCUUUUGAGGAAAUGUGGAUAAUAAUAGGAUUCCCUUCAAGAAUCAUAAUAGAAUCAUGGUACUCGAAUUAAUCCACUUAAGAAAUCACUUCAUUCAAACCUAAAAAGGGCGGAAUGUUUAGGGUAGGAUUUAUGUCGUCAACCACAAAAUCCCGCGCCAGGUUUAUCUUUCUGCAAAAGCCCUGAAUGAAUAGUUUACAGGUGCAGCAGAGGAAAUUAAAGCUGCGUCAAGAAGAGUUUAGCCGUCGUUUCACAAAACAAAGAGACGGCGGGUUUAUUUAAAACGGGGAAGGUGGCCGACCUCAUGGCAAUGGGCGUCAGUACGCAGGGCAAUUUCAUGCCCUCUCUGGCUUUGUCUGUGCCUGCAAGCCACGUCCUUCGGUUUACGUCUACUCCAACAUUUUACUUUUGCAGGCAAGGUACUAGACUUUGGUCUUCUUCUUUACAGUGUCAUUCUUUAACUGCACAAAAUAGUCAUUUUUUAAUGGCUGAAGACAAGAAAGUAGCAGUGAACGGUCCUCCUUUGAUGUCUGGAGAAGCAAAAAUUACAAAUAUUAAACGCUCUUUUGUGGCUGAAACAGAGAAGGCAUCAAAUAGACACCAUGUAAUUGCUGGAGUUAUAAAAGUUGCAUCAAAUUGUAACUCAUUAGUGGACAGAGCUGCAAAAGAUUCAUUAAAUGGCCAGCAGUUACCGGCAGGAAGUAGAAACUGUGAAGAAGUCAAGAGAGAAUCAAAUGGCAAUAAAAUGGUUGCAAUUAAUGGACAUCGUCAAGGCAAUUCGCAGCAAAAGAAAUAUUUAAGAAAUACCAAUCUGAGCCCGAUGUAUGUGAGUAAGGGUGGUGCUUAUUCUCAGGUGCUUAAUAGGGGAUCAGAAUAUGGAAUUUUAUCACCUGAGCUUGUUCAGUGUAAUGGCUUGGAAGGUACGGUUUUUUGUCCUGGAAAGACUGAGAAUAAUUAUACAAGCAGUAGUUUGGAAAAGGAGUAUAUGCGGGGGUCAUUACAGGCAGGAGAUGGAAACUAUGAAGAAGCCAAAAGAAAAUCAAAUGGCAAUAAAAUGGUUGCAAUUAAUGGACAUCGUCAAGGCAAUUUGUUGCCUAAGAGACAAAUAAGAACUAGCCAUCUGGGCCAGGGGAAAUAUGUGAAGGAGGGCGUUGCUUAUUCUCAGGUGAGUAAUAGGGGUUUAGAAUAUGGAAUUUCAUCACCUGACUGUUCUCAGCAUAAUGGCUUGGAAGGUAGGGUUUUAUCUCCUGUAAAGACUGAAUGUGAUGAUAUUGGGCGGAGGACUUGGUCAUUACGAGCUAGUGAUGCAACUGUGACUACAGUAUCUAGUUUACCAGAGAAGAAUUAUUCAAGCCAUCAGAAUUCUUUAACCCAGAAGGUUAAUUCCCGCCCUACUGCCAAAAAGGGAUUUGCUGCAACAAACAAGGUGAAUACCCUUAGCCCUUUUGAAAAAGAAACUGAGAUGUAUAGGACAAUGAGCAGAAAUGCCGCUAGAAUUCAGAGUGUAGAAACAUCAAAAACGUACCCUGCUUCUGGAUCUGCAGAUACUUCAUCUCAGCAUGAUAUGUUGCAUACAAUCCCUGCUUCUGACAUUAAAGAAAUUUCUUAUGUAAGUAAAACAGGAUACAAAGAUCAAAAGGCCAGUUCAGAAAAGAAUUCAUUACAAGAGCCGGAGCUAGAAUGUACACUUGUUGAUACAGAUGGUUUUCAUUUGUCAUUAGGUAGGCAGGUUGUUGAUAAAGAAAAGAUUGGACAUAAUACAGACAACAUGAGUCCUGGAAUUAUAAAUCAUGCCACUUGCCAUUUUGGGAGUGAUGUUCAACUGCAACCUGAGAAUCUUAUUUCAGAAAGAGAGGGCGAGAACAGAAAGGGAAAGAGAAGCCUUAGUAAUAUAGUAGAGGACAACAAAGAAGGAAUGCCAACUAAUGACAAGUUCAUCUGGUCCCACAAUAUCGAAAUGGAUGAUCUCAAGGCCACUUCUGGAAUUGAUAAUGAGUUUGUUGAAACAAAGAUUGAGAAACUGCCUUCAGAAUUAAAAGAUGAUAAUUGGAAGGAAGGAGGCUCCUGGGGCAUAAGGGCAGAAAAUGAGGAUACCUUUGUAAUGAAUAACAACUUUACCAGUCCCAGUAACAGCGAAGUUUCUGCUUCUAAUCAGGUGUUCACUGGGGUCAGUGAUUGCAAAGGUACUGAGGUCGAAGACAAGUUGGAUCGUUUGUACAAACAAAUUUUCAUUGUUGACAAUGUGAAGGAUGCAAAGAUGGUUGUAGGCAAGCUUAUGGGAGAGUACAGGAAUCUGGUUCACGCAUGUGAUACAGAGGUUGCAGACAUUGAUGUGAAGACAGAAAGCCCAGUUGGACAUGGAAAAAUUAUAUGUUUCAGUGUAUAUUGUGGUUUGGAAGCUAGUUUUGGUGAUGGAAAGUCCUGUGUAUGGGUUGAUGUAUUAGAUGGUGGUGAAGAUGUCUUAUCAGUAUUUGCUCCCUAUUUUGAGGAUCCUUCUAUUCGAAAGGUUCUCCACAACUACAGCUUUGACAGGCAUAUUCUAGGUAAUCAUGGGAUCAAUGUUUGUGGGUUUUAUGCUGAUACAAUGCAUCUUGCACGAUUAUGGAAUUCUGCAAGGCGUGAAGAAGGUGGAUAUUCACUUGAAGCUCUUACGAUGGACCCAAAGGUCAUGAAUGGAUCUAGUGUAGCUGGCAAAGAUGAGCUGAUUGAAGGCAAGAUGUCAAUGAAAAUACUUUUUGGAAAGAGGAAGAUAAAGAAGGAUGGCUCAGAAGGAAAAACUAUUUCUAUAGCUCCUGUUGAGGAGCUUCAGAAAACAGAACGUAUGCCCUGGAUAUGUUAUUCUGCCUUAGACUCUAUAAGUACUUGGAGGCUCUGGAAAAGUCUUCAGAAAAAACUGAAGAAUACAGUUUGGAUAUUUCAGGGUGAUUCAAAGCACACCAUGUAUGAUUUUUAUGAAGAGUAUUGGCGACCUUUUGGUGAGCUACUAGUACAGAUGGAGUCUAGGGGGAUGCUUGUUGAUCGUGACUAUCUAUCAAAGAUGGAGGAAGUGGCAAUUGUAGAGCAAGAAAAAGCUGCUUCACAGUUUAAAAGUUGGGCUGCUACAUACUGUCCAGAUGCCAAAUACAUGAAUGUGGGAAGUGGUACUCAAGUGCGGCAACUUCUGUUUGGCGGUAGCCCUAACAAGAAGGAUCUCACUUUAGUAAUGCCUAAUGAGCGAAGUAUGAAAGUACCCAAUGUUGACAAUUUUGUUGAAGAAGGGAAAAAGGUGCCUGGAAAAUUCCGCAACAUUACACUUCGUGGGCUUGGUGUGACACUGGAAGUUGAGAAAUACACUGUGUCUGGUUGGCCAGCAGUGAGUAGUGCAGCUUUGAGAGCAUUCGCUGGAAAAGUUUCUGUUGACUACAGCAACCUAGAAGAUGAAGGGGAAGACGAGUAUGCAACAGAUUUAGAUGAUGACUCAGCUAUGUUGACCACUUCAGGAGUCAAUAUUGGGGCAAAAAAUACCGAGAAUAAAGUGGAGGAAGAUCUAUCUGUCUAUGGAACCGCGUAUAAGGCAUUUGGAGGUGGCAAACAAGGGAAAGAGGCAUGUCAUGCUUUUGCAGCUUUGUGCGAAGUGUCGUCAAUCAACACUUUAAUUUCCAACUUUCUUCAGCCAUUACAGGGAAAUGCAAUAUCAGGUGCCGAUGGGCGAGUGCAUUGUUCUUUGAAUAUCAACACUGAAACUGGCCGCUUGUCUGCAAGAAAGCCAAAUUUACAGAACCAACCUGCAUUGGAGAAAGACCGCUACAAAAUUCGUCAAGCAUUUAUUGCUAAUCCAGGAAACUCUCUUAUUGUUGCUGAUUAUGGGCAGUUGGAGUUGAGGAUUCUUGCUCAUCUUUCAAAUUGUAAGAGUAUGCUGGAUGCAUUCAAAGCUGGAGGAGAUUUUCAUUCAAGAACUGCUAUGAAUAUGUACCCACAUGUACGUGAUGCUGUAGAGAAAAAUAAUGUAUUGCUUGAGUGGGAUCCACAACCUGAUGAAGAGAAACCUCCAAUACCUUUACUGAAGGAUGUUUUUGCUACAGAAAGAAGGAAGGCAAAGAUGCUGAAUUUUUCCAUAGCAUAUGGAAAGACAGCAGUAGGACUGUCCAAGGACUGGAAGGUUACAUUACAGGAGGCUAAAGAGACAGUGAAACUCUGGUAUAAUGAAAGAAAAGAAGUCUUGCAGUGGCAGGAAGAGCGUAAGCAUGAAGCACAGACAAAGCAGUGUGUCUACACAUUACUUGGUCGUGCCCGUCACUUGCCGUGUUUAAAAUCAGCAAGUUUUGGUCAAAAGGGUCACAUUGAGAGGGCUGCCAUCAAUACUCCUGUUCAGGGUAGUGCAGCAGAUGUGGCUAUGUGUGCCAUGUUAGAAAUAGCUAGGAAUGUCAGACUAAAGGAGCUUGGUUGGACAUUACUGUUGCAGGUGCAUGAUGAAGUAAUCUUAGAAGGACCUAUAGAAACAGCCGAGGAAGCGAAGUCUUUGGUGGUUGAUUGCAUGUCCUAUCCAUUCUAUGGAAAAAAUAUCCUCCAAGUGGACUUGGCCGUUGAUGCCAAAUAUGCUCCAAACUGGUAUGCAGCAAAGUAACUUUAUCCAAUGUCUAUCAGCUACAGUUUUUUUGACGGCUGAAUUUGAGUCAUUGGUCCUGUCUUGAGCAAGACUGGAACUAUCCAUUCUACUUGCAAAUUAUGCUAAGGACUGACAACAGAGACCUCAACAGAUGUACUGACAUAUAGAGCAAAGAAUUCUGUAUGCAGAGUGACGUAAGGUUUAGAGCUGUGAAUGGGUACUUGACUGAUGUAAAUAUUCAUAUACCGUGUAAUUAGAAGAAUUUUGACUGGGAUUAUAAGAAAAGUCAAUACCAAGAAUUACUUUUGAUCUUGGUGAUAUUGAGCCAUCCAGUUGUGGCCUGCAAUUUCAGAAGUUGAGAAGGGUUGAAAUGAAAAUUUGCAGGUUUCUUUUUGAUUAGCAGAAAGCAAUCUUGUAUUAAUAUAUUUGAAAUAAAAUUUCACCAAUGUCACAUUGGAGGCCACUGAGAUUGAUUCAGAAAAAGAGAAAAAAAACAGAUUAUCAAAGUCAAUGUUAAAAAACUGACUAUAAUCCAAAGCUGGCUUAAAUUGCA